AAAACUGUCAAAAACAUCUUAAGAGUUUCUAUACCCAAUCUAUCUAAUCUAUUUUCUUUCUUUUCCACUAUUUUUUUUGAGGUAGCUUAUCAACGUAAUCAUGCACUUAUUCCACCAGAGAAGCAUACAAAAACCCAGUGGUCCAUGACCGAACUUUACUUCACCUUUUAAACACUUCAAAAUGCUUCAACCUCCUCAGCAAUAUCACCAAGUCUCAUUCCUCAACAUUUCUUAGCCUACAAGAGCUUCCAAUAAGACUAGAGCUUUAAGUUUCUCUCCUGAAAUGGAGGGCAAAAAAGCACAAGGACUAGGGUAUCUGAAGAAGAAGGCUAGUAUGUCAAGUUACCAGGUGGAUGAAGAAUUAGAGAAUGAUACGGAGGAAGAAGAAGAAGUUGAGAGAGAGGAAGAGAAGAGGAGAGGAGUGAUGGAUAGGUCUAAAGGAUCUAGCAGCAACCGUGUCUCAUCGCGGCUUUGUCAAGUAGAUAGAUGCACAACUGAUUUGAAAGAGGAUAAACAGUAUCACCGGAGACACAAAGUGUGUGAAGUUCAUGCAAAGGCAUCUUCUGUCUAUCUCGCAGGCGUUAUACAACGCUUUUGUCAACAAUGCAGCAGGUUUCACGAGCUCCCAGAGUUUGAUGAAGCUAAAAGAAGCUGUCGGAGACGCUUAGCUGGACACAACGAGAGGCGGAGGAAGAGCUCUGGUGAGAGUUCUGGAGAAGGGUCUGGUGGUCGAAGAGGAGUAACUGGUCAGGUGAUGCAAAAUCAAGAAAGAUCAAAGAUUCGAGUAAGGAGUGUGAGUUAUCCAAAAGCACAAGAGACUAACCGACGAUCACUAAAGUUUCAGAGCCAAGAAUAAGAUGUCCUCUUAGAAAUAGUAGUGCCGUAGAUUUUGCCUAGACUCAUUCUAUAUAUGGAUCUUGAUUUUAAUAACCAAAGACUAUUAUCAGUUGAGUGGCGUGGAACAUCCCCUGAUUUUCAAUCAAUAAAUAAACUAUUCAAAAUC